AGCGCAGGCGAUCACGAUCCACCUCCCGGGAGAGGGAGAGGAGGCGAAGAGAACGAUCCCGGUCCCGGGACAGGGACAGGAGGAGGAGCCGCUCCCGUUCCCCGCACAGGAGACGAUCCAGACGGCACCGCUCAAGCUCCUCGUCCCCGCCGCGGCUGAAGGAGAGGCGGGAUGAAGAGAAAAAGGAAAUAAAAGACUCGAAAAGCAAAGAGCGUCAGAUCACAGAGGAAGAUUUACAGGGCAAGACAGAAGAGGAGAUCGAGAUGAUGAAGAUGAUGGGCUUCGCCUCUUUUGACACGACCAAAGGGAAGAAGGUGGACGGCGCGGCGAACGCGUACGCCAUCAACGUGUCGCAGAAGAGGAAGUACAGGCAGUACAUGAACAGAAAAGGAGGAUUCAACAGACCGCUGGAUUUCAUCGCCUGA